AUGACUGUGGACGCAGCUGCUUUGCUGACACCUGACGGACUCGUCCAUCGCGGGCACAGCGUGUGCAGCGAGGAUUGUCUGAACACGGGGCAGAUCGGGCGCUAUGGAGAUGCACACGUGGGGAGCACAGAUUUGCCUAGAUGCGUUCUCAACGUCUUGCUGUCCGUUCUGGGUGCCGGGCAGCUGACAUUGCCCUACGCUAUGCACAAGUUGGGCGGGCUUUGGUGGGGUGUCCUCUCCUUAGUCGUCUUCACUGCCCUCUCAAUGCACUCCUUGAAGACGCUCUCCUACUACGAGCUGUACUACACGCCGCAAGGCUGCUUGGAGUCCUAUUCAGAACUCGUGAUCCGGGUCUUGGGUGGCUCCUUCUCGCUUCUUUGUCAGUUCCUGCUCAUCUUCUAUGCCUGGGGCGGCGCGGUGGCGUUCCUGGUGAUCCUGAAGGCAGAGUUUCUCGCCUUCUUUCCUUCUUGUGGACGAGCAGUUCUGUGUGGCAUCGCCUGCUUUCUCUGGUGCUUGAGUUCCUGUGAAGAUCUAACGUUUCUGAAGAAGUUCUCUUGGCUUGGAUGUGUGGUAGCGGUCCUGAUCACCUUGGUCACGGUCUUUGUGUCACCGCCUGAUGUGACGGAGCAAAGCUUGCAGCAGUUUUUUAGCUCAUCCCAUGAGCCCAGUCUUCUUGAUGUUGCGGCAUCACUGCCGCUCAUCUCUUUUUCGCUGAACUCGAGCUGGGCCUACAUCCCAGUGCUGUGCACCUUGUCAGACAAAAGCCGUACAAGCAGCCUCAUCCUUUGGAGCAAUGUCCUGAUCCUCCUGAACUAUCUGACCCUGGCGAUCAGUGGCUACUGCAGGUUCGGUAAGGAUGUCAAGCCCAAUAUCAUGGACUCGUUGGGCAGCGACUACGCAGAUUCAUGGAUGGUUCGCGGCGCCAAGAUUGCUUUGUGUGUUCAACUUACACUGGCCUUGCCUCUGCGGUUCUUCGUGGCGCGGAAGACAAUCCAAGAUGGAUGCCCUUCUCUUGCAAAAUCCAGAGCAAGUUUGGCCUUUGCCUUGGUCUUGGCAGCCACCCUCGCAGCGCUGCCAGAUGUCUCGCUGGCCACGGUUCUGGGCAUCGUUUCCGGAAUAUGCGCUAGCAUGAUCAUCUACAUCUUGCCGGCCAUCAUCGAUUUGAGGCAUCGCCGAACUAUCACCCCUUCGGGACUUCGUGGAACAGAUUUGGCCUCCCUGUUCCUUUCACUGGUGAGCCUGAUCGUUGGUAUUUUGAUUCUGCUUGGGAGUCUCUGGGCAAAUGCCAUGGGUGUGGCGGUUGGGAGUUAA